AUGUUGAAAACGACUAAGCCACGCCGUUUACGACUUAUAAUAUGCAUCACGCUGACAGCUUUGAUGUUUGUUCUUCUCUUACGUUUCUGGAUUCAGAGACGUCCUGUAUCAUUAGAUGACCAGAAUAUGUCACACUGUGCUCGAUUAUGCCCUUACAAAAGCACUUUGGGAUGUAAUCGGCUACAAUUUGACCCUGAUCACUGGGUUCAGCACUUUCCUGAAUUUGUUUGUCCGCAAAAUUUUCGUAAUCUAGCUGAUUGGAUUAUUAGUUGGCCAGAUCAAUUCAAUGAAAAAGUCGAGACGACAACAAAUGAUGGACGGCAUAUUAGCCCUUGUUUAUCUAAUGGCAGCAUUGUUUACGUGAGAAUUUGGGCUAUCGAUGAAUUUUUCAAAAAAAUUUAUCCGCAUCUUAAAAGUUCUUUUGUUUUAAUUACUGGUGAAGGCGAUGUUUCUUCUCCAAGUCAUCUCAAUUAUCUUGAAGAAUCGAAUUCGAAAAUUAUUCAUUGGUUUGGUCAAAACGGACAAUUCGAUGUGUCUAGAGUGAAAAAAUUCACCCAUAUCCCUAUCGGAAUCAAUUGUUAUGAGAUGGCCUCAGCUAUUCGGGGUGUUCACUCGCAACAGUCGAAUCAUUCAUCAUCUCAAGUAUUUGGUGAUAUUGACGAACCCCUUCGUUAUAUUCAACCACUUGACGUAUCAUAUCGAAUAAAGAAUGACAUUAGUCUUCCCGAGAGUGCUACAGGAAAACUAGUUUUGAUCAACUUUGAUAAGACAACGGAUGGCACAGGACUUCGUUCACAGAUAUGGAAGGACUUCUGUGAAGUAAAUGAAAGUUUCCCAUUCGUAGAGUGUUUUCGUAAACCGACUGGUGUCAGUAUUUCUUCGCUUCCUUCAAUUUAUGCCCGCAACCGUCAAUAUCCAUUCUGGCUAUCACCGCGCGGUAACGGCAUUGAUUGUCACCGAACUUGGGAAGCCUUGUAUCUUGACAUAAUACCGAUUGUUUGGAACUCUUCAUUAAAUAUUCUAUAUGAGCAUUUGCCUGUGCUAAUAAUUGACGAUCACAGAACUCUCACGGAAGCAUUUCUGCAAAAAAAACUACAAGAAAUAACGGAGAAGAAAUUAUCCGCAUCAAAAUCCGGAACAUUUUAUCAAUAUGAGAAACUAAGGAACGCCUAUUGGCGCCAUUUAAUAAUGAAAAAAUCACGAUAUCAAGCGAUAAACGUGAAUUCCGCACGAGAGAAGCAGUGUUGGCGAGCGACGUUUAAAACUCCUUCGAGCAGUUAA